UUUUUUCAGGCUAGACUAAAAGUAAAAGCUGUACUAAAAACGUUAAAUUUCACAUAAAUAAUCUCAAUCAGUAAUAAUUGGCAGAAGUUAUGAAGUAAAUUCUUCCAAAUAGGUAUUAGGUAAUCAUUGACGGAAACGAAAAGCAUGGAAGGGGGCGAAUCCAAAGGCAUGUGGACAUUUAAACUGGUUGUUCCCAUCGUUCUUCUCGGAUACCUAAUGGGAAUACUUCUAGCGCUAUCAUGGUAUUGGUGGCAUCCUUAUUUGCGGAGUCAGGACAUGGGAAAAAAGUGGCUGAGCGUCGUGGGCAUCGUCCUACUGGUUAUCGGACUGUUUUACAACCGGGUUGUGCGGUGGGAAAGGAGACGGCGGCGCAUCUGCUUUAAUAAUCGCAAUGUCCCUGCCCGCAGGUGCUUUUUUGCUCUGUCCAUCCCCUCGCUUUUCGGCGGCCGCGGAAGAGCCUUCCUCAUAAGCUUCGCAUUCGUGAUCGUCACCAUCGGACCUGUUGCCAACAUCCUUGCCAAUCUGAGGAUCCUGCUUCGCACUCUCGCCUGCGCACAAGAGCUUCUGCGCCAGGCCCUCGGCCAGAUGCUGGAGGUGAUUCUGGAGCCAGUGCACGCUGUUCGAUUGGCGGUGAACCUUAUGAUGCAGGAGGUCCGAAAAGUGCUGAAUGCCGUUAUGGUCGUACUCAUGCGAAUUCAGGAGCAUCUGAUCGUAAUCAUUGACACCCUCAAGAACUGCGCAACGUGGUUGAAAUCCGUAGUGGACCUAUGCAAUGCAGAGAUGGGAACUCCAUGGGAACGUUGCAAGAAUACGGCGAACGCGGCCAUGGUCCGGUGCCAGGAGAAACUUGGACUCUUCAAGGCAUUCUGCCACGCCACCAAGUUGUUUCUGGCCCUUUGUUAUCCGGCAAAGAUAAUCGAUGUAUUUUGCAGCGGCUUCUCGGAUUUUAGUUGGACCGUGCUAGACCAGAUCCUGACCCGCUACCACGCAUUUGUACGGCAGAUAGAGCAAAUGUUCGAUGCCAACAUCACCUUCGACCAUGAGUUCUCCUUUGAGACGAACUCCUCCAAGAGCCUUGCUGACGUCGGGGAGGAGGUUGUCCAGGACAUCAACCAACGCCUCUCGCCACUGGCCUUUCUAAUUGACUUGGUCGACAUCUUAUGCUGGUUAAUGGUAUUCAGUGUUUUCAUUAAAUCCUUCGUCUUUUACGUGCGCUUUAUGCACAGCCGGGGAUUCCAGAAUUUCUUCAUAACGGAGCUUCUCGAGCAAGUCGACCAGCGCUACAGGAGGCACGGAUCCGAGCCCCUGCUUCCACUGCAUCGCCUGGAGCGGAUGACAUACAUGAAACUUACCAGUCUGCGGCUCACUCAGCUCGAGAUUUUUACGCUUAUUAAAAACGCCACCUUUAUGAUCCUUCCCUGCCUGCAGCUGUUUUGCGUGUGCUUUGUGGACUACGGUUUAUUCUGGCUGCUUGCCAUGAUGUCCUUUUACGGCCAUCAAGAAGCCGGUCUGGAAGUGCCUGCCUACAUUGAUCUAGAGAUUAAAGGCGGAGGCUUUGUGGGUGACAUAAUGCGUGGCAUUGCGAACGCUUUCCGCCCACUCACCCAGAAAACCGUUUUGGAAACAAAUCCGUGCCUGCCCCUGCCCGUGGAGCCCAAAUACUCGGUCUAUUUCCAAAUAGGAGGACUUUGUCUGCUGGCCUGGCUAAUUGUCCUGGCCGAGCCAUACGUUCUGCGUCUACGUCACCCUAUUAUGGCCUAUUUCCACCCGGAGAGAGCUCACGAACGGGCCGUGUUCUUACACAGAACAAUUUUUUUGAAACGAGAAACUAUAUUCAAGUUUGCACGUCGCCGUGCGAGAAACAAGUUCACCUAUCAAGGUCAUGUAAAGCACUAUAGAUGGGUAAUUCGGCUACGCAAGCUGCUAGCCUGGUGUUGUCGCUGCUGCAAUUGUCUGAGGGGAAGAGGGUGCAUCAUUUGUAGCAGAUCCUUUGCUUCCCUGCCUCUCGGCUCUCGCUACCCCUGUAAAACACCCGACUGCAAAGGAGUCUACUGCAAGGAGUGCUAUGAGGAAACUGAAGGAGUGUGUUGCUUGUGCAAGAGGCCCCUCGACUACGGCGAUUUUUCCGACUGUUCGGAAGUUGACUUAAUUAUAUUAGAGACUCUUCGGACAUGGAAAAUGUCGAGACUUACAGGGAACUCAAGUUCCGAAAGAAUUGCGGUGAUUCCACUAAGGAAGGAACGAUGCCAUAGCUAUUGGCGUACCUAGCCAAUAGGACCUGCACCGGGGAUACCAUUGUACGAAGUCCACGGGUUCUGAAAACUCAUCGAUCUUUCAAUGCUAUAGUGGCGGAGGUUCUGACAUUUUUCUCCUCUUUUGUUUCCCGAAGUAUGUUUUGAGAAUGAAUGUAAUUUACGGCUGUGGAAAGCGAUGGUUCCUGAUUGUUUAGGAAUGCUCUUUCUUUUGUGUAGGUCAUUCCGUUUUUAGUUUUAAGUAAAUGCUCCCUAUUUUGAAGUGGCAUGCGGCUAUGCUAAUGUGUGA